GUGACGCACGACGUGAGCAAGAGAAAUGCUAGCCCGAUGCAUAACAUUUACUGCUACGCCAUGGAUACACUGCAAGUUUUAUUUCUAAGCCGAAAGCUACAUUCCAUGACACUUCAUCAUGAGCGGGGGCAGGGAUGCUGGACCAGUAUUCCCUGACGUGUCCCCUCCAGGAAAACUGUAAGUGCCGAGCAAGUGGUGUGGAAGCGUAAGCAGCAUCAUCAGGUGGUUACGUCGGGGGCGUGGUCCGGAAUGAAGAUCGAAGUACGAGGUGCAAAAAAGCUUAUGCGUCCUGCAAAAUGUCCGUCUUGAAGGGAAUUCUUGUUAAAAAUCCUGGGCGCGUAUGUUGGUUUAGUAUUCUUGCGUUUGUUAAUUGACGAACUACGGAAGAACACUCGCUGAACCUUGAAGCUGGCCAAGAAAUCAUCACGCUGACGUCUGUUAUGGCUGAAGGGUUCCCUGCUACUGAACAUGACCCGACCGAUGCUGUUGUACACGAAAAUGAGGAGAACACUGGCGAAGAUGCCGACAAGCUUCUGACCCUGUCGGACGACAUCGCGAAGAGUAUCUUAGAGUCUGAAGAGUGGCCCUCUUACGUAGAAAGACUGCGGCAGGCCGGCGACGACGAUGAGCACACCGAGGGGCUGUUGCUGGCUGAAAGGUUCGGCCGACAGUACCCGCUCUGGAACGCCAAUCAGAGUAUUCUAGAACACGUCGAUCCACCACUUCCAACAGGUUGCCUUGUCGUCGAGGCUGACUUGCCUUCUCCGCGCCUGACAGAGGACGAUCCACUGCCGGCACCAUUGAACAACAGCUUCCGGGCUGACGACGCGAGCUCCCCUAAUUCCUUACUGCUACAACACGGCUCGCGUAACAGCGUUUCAGACUGCCGUGAAGCGACGUCGUUCACCCCUGACCACUACAGUAAGUCGUCCUCGAGGUCUGUGUUCCUGACGUCUCCGUUCAAGCCCCCCAAGAAACUCGAUAUCAUCGAAGAAAACAAGGCCAGUCGAGAACGAAAGCAAUCGUCGUCAUCUAAGCCACUCGGAACCCCUGGAGCCUCCGCGCUGCGGUUCCUGUUUGGACGAUCCGGAAGCCGGAAUGCUGAAUCAAGUUCAUGCUCCAGGUGCCCGUUAACGUCAAAGAACUCAAAAGAGUGGUCGCCUGAUAUUGAGCAGUUGCGCGCUUCUCUGAUUAGUUCGGGAUCUUCUGGCGAGGGUGAUUUGUUCAAGUCUUCCUUUCGCAUAAGCAAGAGCGGCAGCUCCAUCUUAGCCUUGGAACGACUCUUUCUCGAAGUCGUAGAAGCAUCGAGCCAACACCAAUUGUGCUUGGCGCAGUUUCAAGGAGACGUUCGCUGCGGGCUACCAACGACCAUAGUCGGAGAGGAUUGCAAUGCGCUCCGCCGCGCAGUAAUAGCCUCUAGUGCCACGAGCAAGGGACUUCCCCUGCAGCGCCUCGGAAGAGGAGCAUUCGGCAGGGUUUUCGGAGUUCAGAUAAAAGGGCGCCUGGUGGCGGUGAAGGACGUGCGCAACGUUGACGAACCCAGCGAGCGGAACGCGUCGCAGCUGGUGCAUCGCCACGUGGUGCGCACACUUUGUGUGGCGCCGCUGGAGCCUCGCCGCUUCCUGGUGGUGAUGGAAUACGGCGGCCCGCACACACUUCAGCACCUGUUGGACGAGCGUGGCCCGCUGGGCACCCUUGACGUCUGCCGUUUCGGCCGCCAGCUGGCUUCGGCGCUUCACUACUGCCAUCGAAACAACGUGUUGCACCUAGACGUCAAGCCAAGCAACGUGUUGGUUCACAAUGGAGAAAGCAAGCUGGCCGACUUCGGGAGCAGCGCGACCCGCGGUUCCCAGCCCAAGGUUUGCGGAACGGUGCAGUACAUGGCUCCAGAAGUCCUCUUGGGCCAGCGGCCGGAGUUUAGCGCCGACGUCUACUCGCUAGGCAUCGUACUCUGGCAGAUGCAGUCCGGCGUGAGGCCCUUCGAUGGCCUUCAUCAGCACGCUGUCAUGUUUCAGGUGGUGCGCCGGCGAGUAAGACCGAGGUUCGCGGAAAACGACGGGGCGGUCGAGCUUCAGGAUCUGGUGAAGCGCUGCUGGAGCCACGACAGUGAGGAGCGUCCCAGCGUGGGCGCUGUACUUUUGGAGCUGAGUGCGCUUCACAAGGCGGCGCUCAAGAGCCGCUCGGGGCUCGAAUGACCAGUGCUGAGCCUGUACCUAACCACUGCUUCAGCGGUCUAGUUCUCUCAAAACAGCGAGGCAGUAUUGAGGCAAACCGCGGAGACAAACUGCGUCGAACAGGUCGAAAUGAUGCUCUGUGAAAUGGUUUUUCCGUCGCAUUUGAAUUUCUGUCAAGCACUUGUGUGUUUAGCGAACUGCGUUCCGUACCACUCGUCGCCCGACGUUCGCCUCGUUUGGCGACGUGCAAAAAUCCACUGGCAAGCUGCCGCUUUGACACGUACUUUGUUCGUGUAACCGUGGCCAUGGCACGUUCAUUGCUUAUCGCUGAAAAAAAAACUGGAUAUCCAGCAUGCGCGAUGUACGUAAGACAUUUCAGCCUCAUUGGGCGGGAGGUUGUGCAGGCUAACUGGGCUUGAGCUGAUGUGCCCCUUGCGUAUUAUUCUUUAGAGGCUAAAACUGACUUUUUUAACCCUGAAGAAACAUGGGAACAAUCCUUCCUUAUAGUCAGUAGAUUUAUUCACAGAAAUAUGAGGAAAAAAUGUUCACUGCGAACUUAUGCGAAGCUUCUCUGUGCAGAUUGACCACCCGAUGAAUUAUUACGCUAGGAGUGCGCUUUAUUUACUCGGCGAAAACAUUCUGCCAACCCCUACUGCCGGCUCGGCCGUGGUGUUAACUUAAACCCCCCCCCCCAAAACGGGUCACUGCUGCGAGUUGACAGCGUACAUUGCGAAACACUGCCAGUCCCCUUGAUGCGCGGUGGACAAACGCCAAUGUGUAACCACCGCGCGCAUUUUUAAUUGUUGAACGCGAUUAAUGGACACCAAAUAUCAUACUCAUAUUUUAUAUUGACUUUCUUUCUCUUCAUCACAAGGUUCAUCACGCUUUUAAUUUAAAACGCCUUUCUUGGACACUACAAUCGUGUCCUAUGUUGGUACUUAAUGUACUGACUGUCGCGCCCAUCACGUGAUGCACCUACCCUCUCCGACAGCACAAUCACGCCUGAACACUUUCGCUGCAAAUAGCGAAACUCUGGUGGAGUUCGUUGCAAUGGAGUGCGCCUCAUCUUUCUACUCAUCCGCUGGUGUGUCGCUCUCAUUUGGUAAUAGCAUGGGCAUGGACACUUUCUAAGUUGCGAUUUUGUCAUGCGGUGCAUGAGCGAGUUGUAUUAUUCUGUUGCCCUUGUCACCAACAGUGAGAAGCUACUGCACGUGUUUUUAGUCUUGACGCAUGUCGUGAAUAAACUCU